AUGUCUCUCAUCUCUGUACUGGGCUUCAGGCCCUCAUCCUCAUCUGGCUCAUCCGAGAGCACUCACUGGGCCAUUCUCAUCUCUCCACACCCACCAUCCACCAAGCCCCAAAAGUCAAAAUCUCGGUUCUUCCAUCCCAAGAUCACAACCACAGAGCAACAAUCAGACUCGGCUCUAUUUGACAUGAACAAGCAUCAACUCCGCCAGCAGCAGUUUCCCAUCCCUUUGAAGGAAGCGCCAAAUAGCACAGAAUCUACCACCUCUAGAUCCUCGGAAACACCGCCCGAGGCAGUGACCGUCACCACCCUCGAUGCCGACACCUCUCACCCACUACAACUGACGCUCAAAAUCAACGCAAGCAUUCUCGCACAAACGCCACAGCGACUAAUACCCAGGCUUUCCGAACGCUUGUACCACACACCGACCUAUGGCUCUGAAGACGACUGGCUCCGUGCGGCCCUGAGCUUAAUGCACGACAUUUUACUUGAGCCGGGAUUUGACGUCGACCAGUUCGUCGAAUAUGCCACCUCGGCAGCCAAGGAGUACACCAUGUACGAGGCCAGCUCGGAAGAACAACAGAACAACGAAGGUCGACAAGUCCAACGACCAGACAUGGAGACCGAAGACUCCACCGUUCUCACCCUCGACUACAGGGCACACAUGGCGCAGAGCGCCUCGGUCAAGGCAAUGCUCAAUCGCGAUCCGCAACAGCAGCUGACACCGCCCGAGAGCCCGAGACUCCAGCACGUGAAGCAACAGCAACAGCAAGGUCAAGGGCAAGAGCAGAAGAAACCACGCACGUGGCUCGGCUUCCGUAUUUCGAUGGCUCCGACUGUGCAAAGUAGGAGGCCGUCUCAGAGAUAUAGCUUCGAGAGGCAGGAUGACCCGUACGGCGGACUGAUGUAA